UAUAAAACGAUUAGAUUAGAUAGAUAUAAUUUUGCCUCAGCUUAUAUAGGUGACAAUUUCAUACGCUAUAACAUUUUCUCUAUUCUUCUCUCUUCGAGACGCGAGUAUAUAUUAUAUGUCUCGUUUCAAGAGAAAAAAGUGUGAGAGAGAGAGAGAGAAAAGUGUACGUAGAAAGAGUAGAUCUGCGAUCUCUGGAGAAACGAGGGAAACGAUCGCGAGGGAGGAGUCACCCUUCGCCACCGGAUACGAGUGUCACUCUCAUCUUAUCUGCCAGACAGCGACUCUAUCCACGACCUUGCUAACUCGUAAGGAGCAACCGAAUAAUUUCUUUCUUCGCUCCUUUUUGAAUGAAAGCCUGCUGGUCGACCCGAGAAGUUUUCUCGUUUUCUUUUGUACGGAAAAGGACGAGGGUGAGCCGGAAGAAGAAGAAUGGAUGACCAGAAAUAUCCCCCAGCACCGUAUCCCCCCUUGCCGGAGAUGGGAAUGCAACCGCCGGUUGCAACAGCACCGCCGCAACCAAAUGUGGCAGUAUUAUCGCCAUCAGUUUUUUCCGGGAGUUGUCUCUAUCCCUACUAUCUGGACAUCAUACGAUGCUCUUAAUGAGGAUGGUUCUAAUGCUGCUGAAAAUUGGCUUGAAGUGGAAGGUAUAACUAUAUCGGUAUAUCUUGUCCUUUAAUUACAAUUUCUUCUGCUUUAAUCGUAUUUUCCUUAAAAAUAAAAAGAUUACAGUUAAACUAAUUAUGUGUGUGUAAGUAAUAAAAGAG